GAGAGAAAGGGGAAGGUGGAAGAGUUGAGUAGAGUGAGAGAAAACCUGUCGCUUUGCUUUUAUUAUUGUCUGCUUUUACUUUUUUCCCCACUCUCUCUCUACCUUCUACAUCUUCUUCACCACCAUUCUUAUCUGAAGCCCCAAAAAUUUCAGGUAACGGUACAACCACGCUUGCUUCUCUGUGUGUGAAAUGACGGAAAUGUACAUCUGAGAUCGAUCUCUGUAUUUUUCCCUCUGAUUUUUUUAGCUUUCAUCUUAAUUAAUCGACAAACAAUGGGGAGUGUGUCUUCCGAGGAGGGCAGUGAGGAGAGGUGUGGUAGCUACAGCCUGAGCGCUGACAUCAGCGAGUCGGAGAGCUCGAAUGGCGACAUAGAUGAGGACGAGAGGGGCGGCGCGUCGACUUCCUCCGGUUUUUCUCCUUUCGCCGCCGGGAGUUCGGCGCCGUUGACGCCGACAUUUAGUUUCCCUUUGAUCGGAGGCAAGGAUGUGGUGGUUUGGGAUGAGAAGCCGCAUAAACGUAGUUCCGAUUUAUCUGAAAUCGACAUGAUGAAGGAAAGAUUUGCGAAGCUUCUUCUUGGUGAAGACAUGUCUGGAGGGGGUAAAGGAGUUUGUACUGCACUAGCUAUUUCAAAUGCUAUUACCAAUCUUUCAGCAACUGUAUUCGGGGAACUGUGGAGGCUGGAGCCAAUGGCUCCACAGAAGAAGGCAAUGUGGUGCAGAGAGAUGGAGUGGCUCUUAUCUGUGAGCGAUUCAAUUGUGGAACUCGUUCCGUCGACGCAACAUUUACCUGGCGGAGGCACGUAUGAAAUCAUGGCAACAAGACCACGUUCUGAUUUAUACAUGAAUUUGCCGGCGCUCAAGAAGUUAGAUGCAAUGCUGAUAAGCAUUCUUGAUGGCUUCAGAGAUACGGAGUUUUGGUAUGUUGAUCGCGGUAUAGUUGUGGAUGAUUGUGACAAGUAUUCAUCCGAUGUAAUGUGUGGGAGGCCUUCAGUUAGACAAGAAGAGAAGUGGUGGCUUCCUUGUCCUAAAGUUCCUGGAAAGGGGUUGUCUGAAGAUGCGAGGAAGAGGUUGCAGCAGUGCAGGGACUGCACAAAUCAGAUACUCAAGGCUGCCCUGGCCAUAAAUGGCAAUGUUCUUGCUGAGAUGGACAUUCCAUCUGCAUACAUGGAAACCUUACCCAAGAAUGGAAAAGAUUGCCUUGGUGAUAUAAUCUACCGCUACAUAACAGCUGAUCAGUUCGCACCAGAAUGUCUUCUCGAUUGCAUGGACUUGUCGUCAGAGCAUCACACAGUGGAUGUGGCAAAUAGAAUCGAGGCGGCAGUGCAUGUGUGGAAGACGAAAGAAAAAAAGAAACAUCCCAAUGUUCAGAAACCGAAACGUAAGACAUGGGGUGGUAAAAUGAAAGGCUUUGGUGCUGAUGGAGAAAAGAAUCAAUCUCUGGCACAACGCGCUGAAACACUGUUGCAUAGCCUUAGGCACCGUUUCCCUGGUCUCCCACAAACUGCACUAGACAUGAGCAAAAUUCAGUAUAACAAGGAUGUUGGGCACUCAAUUCUAGAAUGCUACUCGAGGGUAAUGGAGAGCUUAGCAUUCAACAUAAUUGCAAGGAUUGAUGAUGUUUUGUAUGUAGACGAUGCCACAAAGCGCUGUGCAGCAGCAGAAUCUAUGUCUAUUUUUAACAGGGGAGGGGGUUUCAAUGGUCUGCCGGUUCAAAAGAAGAUGUCACCGAGUCCCUUUUCAAUUCAACAUACACCUUACGCAUCUCCAUUUGCGACACCGACAUUCUGUACAUCGCCGCCCUUGCCAAGUAGCCCGAGAAGGACUGUUACUCCACUAAACAAAAGUACAAGAAUGCCGAACGUUAAUAAGUUCGACAAAGUUGUGCCUGCUGACUUGGAUAAACUCUGGUCGUAUGCUGGUAAUCUUGGUUCUAGAAGAGUCCCAGGCGAAGCUCAGGAGCGUGAUUGAUUGUUUAAUAUAUCUGACUGUGGGGGGGUGAAACAGAGGGAAAGGGAAAGGGCAAUUUACUAUAUAUAUUGUAUAUUUGCUUUAGCUUAGGGUGUUCUCUAGUUGAAGUUUUGACCAUUGUUUCUUUCAGAUACAUUAGGCUUAAUUUAUCUUCUGCAUUUUAUCAAGUUAAAGUAUGCACGGGAUGAUGAGUAAGCUUGUUAAUUACUGUCUACAUCUUGUUUAGUAUUCGGCAUGGUUGUUGAUA